UGAGCAGUGAUCAGUCAUCUCCUUGCUUCCUUCCCCCUUCACUGUGAUCAUUGCUACCAGAAUCUUUCCACUCCCAAACAAACUGCAACUCCCCCAAUUAUUAUUUCACACUUAAACCCCCCUUCCUUUCCAUCCGCCAUUGUUGCUCUCUUCUUCUCUGCAAUGUCCCUUCCGUCCCCUUCCCUCUUUCUCCUCUUCUUUCCUCUCUUUCUUUCUCCCCUCUCCGCCGCAUCUCACCGGACCUUCCUCCCCCUCCUCCGCCACCACCGCCACCUCCUCCACCAACCCUUUUUCCCAUGGACUUCAUCAAUGCCUCCUACUCAACCUCCUUCUCUCUCUCCCUUGCCUCAACCUCAGCACCAACAGCCCAAGCUCCCCUUCUCCUCCACUUCCUACUCCUCGCCUCCCAAACCCUUUUUUCCCUCCUACCCUUCCUCGCCCCCGCCGCCUCCGACCCCACCUUCCACGGCGCUUCCUACGUUUCCGGCUAACAUUUCUGCUCUUCUCUUCCCUCAGCCUACUUCUUCUUCCCACCACCUCCACCGCCACGUCUUUGCCAUUGUUAUCUCUCUGUCUCUUGCUUUCUCUGUUCUUCUUCUUCUCCUUGCUCUGUUCUUCUACUUUCGUAAGCGAAACCCACAAGUCUCUGCUACUGAUAAGGCCUCCGGUACUGAUAAUCUCCGCCUCUACCCGCCGGGUAUCGACACUUCCGAUGGACUUCACAAGCACAGAACCUCCUCUACUACUACCUCCAAAUUUCUCUAUCUUGGGACUUUGGCUACUUCUCCAGAGAUUGAUGAGGAGGCUCCCGGAACUGUGGAUGACGGUGCCGGCGGGAUUGUGGAGUCGGUUUCUCCGGUGAAAAUGGGAUCCCCGGAGUUGAACCCCCUUCCGCCUCUUCCUCGCCGGAAUUUCGCCCAAGAUUAUCAAAGGAAUGUUGAUGGUAAUGAUAAGGAUGAUGAUGAAGAUGGUGAGGACGAAGAGUUCUUUUCGCCGAGAGGGUCUUCCGUCGGCGGGAAGGAGAAUAUGGGGAGUAAUAGAAGAUUGAGCCCUGUGAAAUUGUUUCAAUAUGUGGAAACUGAUAAUUUCUUGAGGAAAAGCUAUAAUUCGAGUUUGAAUUCUGGUUCACCCUCUGUUUCUGUUCCCAAUAGUCCUUCUCCGCCAUUGAUCUUCAGCCCCACCAGCUUAAUCUCGAAAUCGCCUGACUCCAUUAUCAGAUUUCCUGUUCCUGUACGGCAGCCGACGCUUCCUGUACCACCAUCACCGUCGUUGUCCUCUGCUUCUUCGCCACUGGGAGGUUCCGGAAACACCAAGAACUCGCCAUCGAGAGACCUCAAUUUGUCGGAGCUACAUCGGCAGUUCUCUAAUGGAUAUAGAAUGGAUCACCAACAACCAUUUCCGGUGAAACUGCCACCACCUCCACCUCCACCACCGCCACCGCCGCCUCCAAUGUAUUGGGAGAUUCCUCAAUCUUCCAAUAAGGAGCCAAAUCUAGGUCCACCCGUACUCACAGUGCCAUCAAGACCUAUACUCUCCCAGAACAUAGCUCAUAUGUCAGCAGAGGAGCAAUCAAACGCCAUUGGAGAUACAGAGCGAACGGAGGAAAAUUCGAAGCCGAAACUGAAGGCAUUGCAUUGGGACAAAGUUCGAACGAGCUCCGAUCGAGCCAUGGUGUGGGAUCAGAUCAAAUCGAGUUCUUUUCAGUUGAAUGAAGAAAUGAUUGAAUCACUUUUUAUGGCGAAUAACAAUAAUUCAAAUCCAAGCAGCAAAGAAAAUGGUGGUGUUCGUCAAAACAUGGCUUUAGGGAAUCAAGAGAAUCGUGUUCUUGAUCCUAAGAAGUCUCAGAAUAUUGCAAUUUUGCUGAGGGCACUUAAUGUUACCAUUGAAGAAGUCUCAGAGGCCCUUUUGGAAGGGAAUUCAGAUACUUUGGGUACCGAACUGCUCGAAAGCUUACUGAAAAUGGCGCCAACGGAUGACGAGGAACGUAAAUUAAGAGAAUACAAAGACGAUUCGCCUUUUAAACUUGGCCCAGCUGAGAAAUUCCUCAAAGUAGUUCUUGAUGUACCUUUUGCAUUCAAAAGGGUGGAUGCUGUGCUUUACAUUGCCAAUUUCGAUUCUGAGGUCGAGUACCUCGAUCGGUCCUUCGAAACGCUCGAGGCUGCUUGUAAAGAAUUGAAAGACAGCAGAAUGUUUCUCAAACUUCUUGAAGCAGUGCUCAAAACUGGGAACCGAAUGAAUGUAGGCACGAACCGAGGCGAUGCUCAUGCCUUUAAACUCGACACCCUUCUCAAGCUUGUCGAUAUCAAGGGCACGGAUGGAAAGACGACUCUCUUGCAUUUCGUAGUGCAGGAGAUUAUUAGAGCUGAAGGUUAUCGACAUUCCACCUCUGAUCACAACCCGGCAAAUGCUGAUAAAACUCAACAAUCUUCCUUAACAAAUGAUGUCGAAUUUCGAAAGCUUGGUCUUCAAGUCGUUUCGGGUCUUAGCAGGGAGCUCUCAAAUGUGAAAAAAGCUGCAUUAAUGGAUGCCGAUGUGCUUAGCAACGACGUAGAGAAACUCGCUAGAGGGAUCACGAAAAUCACUGAGGUCAUAAGAUUGAACGAAGAGAUGUCGAAAGGAGGGAGUAAGUCAAAUUUCUCGGCCUCGAUGAACAGGUUCUUGGGGAAGGCAGCUGAAGAAGUAGCAAGGAUAGAAGUCCGAGAGCGCAUUGUCGUCUCCAUGGUCAAGGAAAUAACCGAAUACUUCCAUGGAAACUUAGCGAAAGAAGAAGCUCGACCGCUGCGUAUUUUCAUGGUGGUAAAGGAUUUUCUUGGCAUCUUAGAUCAGGUAUGCAAGGAAGUUGGAAGAAUCAACGAAAGAACAAUAGUCGGUUCGGCUCGACAAUUUACGGGGCCUUCAAGUCAAAGUCUUCCAUCAAUUUUCCCGGGAUUGUGCGAAAGUCAACGCUACGGUUCGUCUGAUGAUGAUAGCUCAUCUUCCUCGUCUUAGAACAUGUUUGUUGGAUGGAUUAUUUAUGUUGUUUACAAGUUGGCAUGAAACUGCUUUCAUAUUUUGGUUCAAUAGUUUUGUCUGUAAAUAUGUUCAUAUCUUAACAGUUUCAGAAAAAGACUGAAAGUUUCAUCUCCAUUUGUUUUUCGCAACGCAAAUUCAUAUCAAAACAGGUGUUCCAUCUUCGAUAUAAA